UUCAGACUCCUCCAAAACAUUCCUUCAUCUGGCUCCUUUCAGAGCGAGAUACCUGCAAAUGCCUCCAAACUGCUCAGUUUCCUGAGACGUGCCUGGAAAGGAAUAAACACAAACUGAGGCAAAAAUGUGUUGGCUGAAAUGAUAGUUGCUGCCUUUAUUUUCUCACCCUCCCAGAUGGCAGAGCUCCUUACCAACAUUUUGCUGAGCCAUCGCAACCACUUCCUCCCGUUCCUGGACCUUGCAUGCGAGUUAUCCGCCCGGCCCAGCAAGUCAUCCCCAAUUACUCAAACCUCCGUGCUCCCAAAGGCACUGGAGACCGACCACCCCAGAGGGCGUGCUCCUCCCCUGGUCCUCCUCCAUUCCCAAACCAGCUAUACAACCAGCCACCCAAUGGUCAGCUGCCCCCCAAGGCCUGUGGACCAGAUGAAGCAUGUGGUUGUCCUUCUGACAAUUUUCCAUCUCCAGCUGCUGUCCCAAGACCUCUCAGUAACCCUGCAGCCAGGGGAACUCUGAGAACCAGCAAUCUGCCCGAGGAGUUGCGCAAGGUCUUUAUAACCUACUCGGUGGAUACGGCAGUGGAGGUUAUGAAAUUUGUGAACUUCCUGUCUAUAAAUGGAUUUCAAACUGCUAUUGAUAUCUUUGAGGACACGGUACGAGGUAUUGACAUCAUUAAGUGGAUGGAGCGCUACCUAGGUGAUAAGACCGUGAUGAUAAUCAUAGCAAUCAGUCCAAAAUACAAACAGGAUGUGGAAGGGGCUGAAUCCCAGCUGGACAGGGAUGAACACGGCUUACAUACUAAAUACAUCCACAGGAUGAUGCAGAUUGAAUUUAUACAGCAAGGAAGUAUGAACUUCAGAUUCAUCCCUGUGCUUUUCCCAAAUGCCAAAAAGGAGCACGUGCCUACCUGGCUGCAGAACACUCACAUUUACAGCUGGCCAAAGAACAAGAAGAACAUCCUGUUGCGGCUGCUGCGGGAGGAGGAAUACGUUGCCCCUCCAAUAGGACCUUUACCAACACUCCAGGUUGUGCCGCUAUGAACAUUUUAACUUCAAGCACACUACGAGUGGUUGUUAAAGGCUUGUUCCUGGCAGGGAGCCAACACUCUUCCAGAUGGCUCUUUCUGAUGACAGAAGACUCUCUUUCUGCUAAAGGAAUUGGUUGUCUUGGGUUACUCAGGCUCAGCUUGUUCUCUACCAUGUUAAACAUCUAUUUCCAAAGCUGAUGGGGCAGAACUCUCUUCUCUAGAUUUUUUAAUAAGCUACAAAUGGAAAGAAUGCCCACUUUUAUUUUAACAUCUGGUUUUAACAUAUUCCUUUUAUUAGUCAUUAUAGCAAACAAAUACCAGAAAUAAUGUUGCAAUAAGUGUAAAAUAAAAAUUACGUCCUCCUUUUUGCUCAGGGUUUCUUUAAAGAUA